AUGGCGCCUUUAGCUGGGACAGAGCUGAUCCACACACCCGUGCAGCUCUAUCGACACCUGCUGCGAUGCUGCAGGCAGUUACCAUCGGCAGCCAUGCAGCAGCAUUACCGGCACGCCAUACGACAGGGCUACAACAGCCACUCAGACGAAGACGAUCCAAAGAGGAUACAACUGAUCAUCCAGAGGGCCAUCCAGGAUGCAGAAUGGAUUUUAGAUAAAUAUACCAAGAAGAAGUAGCCUCCAUCAGCCACAAGGACAUCAUGUGCUGUAAAGAAUUUUUUUCCAAUAAAUUAUUUCAAUUCAAGAA